AUGGCUGCCUGUGGAAGCCUGCAACACAUUUUUGAAAACCCAUUACCCGAAAAUUCAACUCUCUUUGAACACCUCUCAUCAUGGAACCAGAUAAUGCCCUUGAAGCCGACCGAACCAUCGUCAUUUACAGAGAUCUUUGGAGAGCUUCAUUUCAAAGAGAGUUUCGUUCCCCAUUCUUUUUCAUCAUUGUCGUCUUUGACAGAAUCAUCGAACUCUCCAUCCGCUGUUGAUGACAUAUGGAAAGAACCAUCGUCAAAUGGUGAACGUGAACCAUCCAGCUUCCAUAGGAAAAGCAAUAGCUUCUCGUCGACCAAUUCCGAAAGCUUGCAACUUUGCACAGAAGGGCUUGGAUAUGAAAGCUUAGAUGAUGUUGAGGAUUUGAAAGGGGUGAUGGAUGAAAAGGAAUGGCAGGAGGAUGAAGAGGAAAGGACCUUAAAAAAACAGAUUAAUUAUCCAAAUUUGAAGCCUGGAAUGAUUAACAGGACAAAAUUAGCAAAUAUGGAAGAUUUUCCUCCACCAAUUUCUUGUAUGGGAAAGAGUGGAAAGCCUUGGGUAGGUUUCAAAUCUUAUAGGUAUGGUGGAAGGUUUAUAUUGAAGGAAGUGAGAGUUCCCACCCACGAAUUUCUACAUGCUUCCAGAGAAAAUGGACGUUUGAAACUGCAUAUUCUUGUACCAAAUGAGCAGACCAGAGAAGGUGAGGAUGAGGCCGACGACAACAACAAGAACUGUGAAAAUACUAUUGGGAAAUGUAAGGUUGAAACUAGGCCAUGA